AUGAGCAUUAAAUCAAUAUCUAUAGAAAAAUUUAAAAGUUACUCUAACUGCAAGAUAGAAGGACUCUCUGACAAUAUAAAUAUUCUGUAUGGCAAGAAUGGUUCUGGAAAAUCUAAUUUGUUGGCUGCUUUAUCAUUUAUAAGUUCUGAUUAGUACGAUAGAGCUGAUCGAGCAUAAUUAAUGAAAAAUUAUAAAGAAGGUGAUCCUAAGGUCGAAAUAGAGUUAGAUAAUUUAGUUAAAAUAGAUAAAAAAGAUAUGGAAGAUGAGCCAAAAGCACAAAAAGUUAUUCCUACCAGCGGUGAUAGUGUUUUAUUAAGUAGAACUUUAGAGUAAAGGGAGAAUGUUUAUAGGGUAGAUGAUAGAGUUGUUAAUUUAAAUUAGUUUAAUAAUAUUUUUGAGUGCUUUGGUCUUUCAAGAAAGAAUCCUUUUACAAUAGUUGCAUAAAAUAGAAUUUAAGAAAUAUCAAACAUGAGUGAUUCAGAAAUCUAUAAGUUGUUACAGCAAGUAGCUGGAAUAGAAGCUUUUAUGAAUAAAUAAGAAAAAGCAGAAGAGCUUUUCGAAAAAGCUUAGAGAGAAAAGGAAGGCAUAGAUUAAUCCUUACAAGAAAUAGAAGAUAAAAUAAGCUAGUUAAGUGGUGAGAAAGAAUAGUAUGCACAAAAUUAAGAAUAGGAAAUUAUUAUAUAAAGCUUGUAAUCUAUCUAUUAUGAUAAAUUGAAAGAAGAGCUUUAAAAGAAGAAAUUAGAAUGCAACAAAGAAAUCAAUAAUCAAAAAUUGUAAGAAGAGAAGUAAAAGCUUCAGGAUUUAUAAAAUUAGAAAGAAGCUAAAAAUGAAGAACUAUUAAGAUUUAAAGAAAAAUUGCAAAGAUUAACAGUUAUAGAAGAGCAAGUAAAAUCAGAUUAAAUGAAUCUUUAAAACAAAGUCAACAGUCUUGAGUAGAAUAUCUAAAAAUUAAAAUCAAUAAAAACUAACAAAGAUGAAAAAGAAAUUGAAGCAAGAUUAAAAGAAGUUAAUAUUUAAUGCACUAAAUUAUAAAAAGAUCUUGAUGAAGUCAUUGAUAAAAUAACAAAUGAAAAAGAUGGGAUUGACACCAAGCAGUAAGAAUAUGAGCAAUUAGUCUUAAGAGAAAAGUUUAAAACUUAGUAAGAAAAGCAAAGCUAUUUUAAUCAGAGAAUCCAAGACAUUAAACAAAGUAUUAGUGAAAAAUCAUAAACUUAACAGAAUCUUAAAGAGAAAGUGAAAAAAUCUGAAUAAAGACUAAACUUAGUUAAUUAAGAAAUUGAAAAAUUGUAAAAUCAAAUAAAUAGUUUUUAAACUGAAUCCAAUAAGGCACAAAAAACUAUAAAUGAUAAAAAGAAUUAAAUCUAAAAAUUGAGACAAGAGUAGCUUGAAAAGAGAAAGACAAUUAAUGAUAAAAAAAUAGAGUUGGAAGAUUUAAACAACUAAAUAAAAAAGAGAGUUGAUGAUAUACAAAAGUAGUUGAAAUCAGGAUUAAUCCAAGCAAUUGAGCAAAUCGAGGAAUCAAUAUAAAAAGAAGGUAUUUAGGGAUAUAAAGGACUGCUUAUAGAUCAUCUUUAAUUUAAUUCUGCACUUACUUAUGCAUAUGAUAUUGCUCAAAAAGGAAAAUUAUUUUCUUUGAUAGUCGAUAAUCAAAAUACUGCCUCUUUAAUAAUUGAUAUUGUUAAGAAAUUGAAGAUUAAAACAUCAAAUUUAAAUAUUAUUCCCCUAGAUUGGGUUGAAGAUGAUAUUGAUGAUGAAAAAGAAAACUAAAUUGCAGGAUUCGGAUUUUAAAAGCUAUUUGAUACUAGGUAUGUUAAGGCAAAAGGAGAUCAUGCAGAUGAUAUAAAAAGGUUAGCUAAGAAUAUUUUUGAAAAAUAUGGUGUAAUUAAAGAGUAUGAACAUGCCCUAGAGGUAGCAUCUUAAUUUAAAGUAAACUGCAUUACAGAGAAGAGAUAAAUUGUUUAUAGUGGAGGUUUUAUUUCUCAUGUUGGUUUUUGUACUGUGGCUAAAGUAGAUAAAAUAACACUUUACAAUGAAUACAAAAGCUUUAAAGCUAAGAAAGAUGCUAUUGCUAAAGAAAUAGAGCAACUAGAGAAGUCUAUGAAUGAUAUUUAAUUGUAAUAAAAUGAUAUAAAUUCAAAUGUAAGCAAAGAAUAAGCUAGCUUAGCAAAAUAGAGUAACACUAUAUUUAUGAAUCGUUAACUAAUUAAAUCAUCUGAAGUAGAGAAAAAAGUAUUGACUGAUGAGUUAAACGAAACAAAUUAACUCCUAUAGUCUUUUUCUUAAUAACUUAAAGAUUUAGAAUAAGAGAAAAUAGGUUUAGAAAAUACUAGCAAAUCCUCUAAAUUUGAACCCUUGAAUUAAGAGGACAAGUAAAAAAUGUAUAAACUAUAAGAAGAAAUUAAGUCUAAAACUACUGUUUUGUAAAAAUCUCUGAAAGAAAAGUAAAAUGUAGAAAAAGAGUAUAACAAGUAUAGAAAUGAAGAAUAAUAGCUAACUAAUCAUUUAUCCCAAUUAUCAGAAGGUGGUGGUAUGAAAGAUGGUGAAGUCUUAUUUUAAAGCAUUGAUCAAAGAAUAAGUUCUUCAGAGUAAGACCUCAAACAUCAAGAAAGUAUUCUCAAAGCUUAAAAAGCAAUUGUGGAAAAAGCUACACAAAGUAAGAAAACACUCGAAGAAUAAAUAAAAAAGAUUGAGGGAGAAAGCUAAGAUAAGCUGAAAGAGCAAAUUCAAAGCUAGUAAGAACUUUGCAAUAAUUUAGAAUAAUAAAUCAGUGCUUUACUUCUCCGUAAACAACAAUAUAUUUCAAAAGAGUACGAAAUAGAUUAAAAAAAGGAAUUACUAGUAGUAAGCCCUGAUUUUAUCCAAAAAAAUUCUCAUCUUUCUAAAGAUAAUUUAAAAGAUAAGCUGAAUAGAAUUACUUAAUAAACAACCAUUAAGAAAUACACAGCAAAAGAUAAAAUUCUAUUUGAAAAAUUAAAAGAUUUGGACGAGAAAUAUGAAGAAUACAAAUCCAAAUACACUGAAUUAACAAAAAAUGAAGAAUAAGCCAAAAAUCUAAUUGAUUAAUUUAAAUCAAAAUGUGAAUAAACUAUUAAAAUGGCAUUUUCUAAGUUUGAGCAUUAUAUGAAAAAUUAUUUCAAAUAAAUAUCUUCUGCAGGUACAAUAGACGUUAAACUUAUGCAUAAUCAUGAAAUCAGUAUAUCAGUUGCUUUUAAAUAAACUACAAAUGAAACAAAAAAGACAAAUAGAAAAGAGCUAAGUGGAGGAGAAAAGAGUUGUCUUGCUAUUCUUAUUUUAAUGGCUCUAUAGAGAUGUGAUCCAGCUCCAUACUAUAUAUUUGAUGAAUUUGAUGCAGCAUUAGACGCUGGUUAUAUUAGACCUAUUGCAAAGAUGUAAGUUAAUUUUUAAUUAAGUAUUAAAUUAAUAACACAUACUUAUUUAUUUAUUUACUAUUACGCAAAAGAAUAUCUGAAAAUAGCUAAAAGUCUUAAUUUUUAAUUGUUUCACACAAGUUUGAAUUUUUAUAAGCUUUACAACAAGAAAAUUGUAAGUGCUUCUAGAUAUCACUAAAAGACAAAAUAAGCGAGAUAGAAGAGAAGACUUUAUCAGCUGCAAUAAAUUUUGUUAAAAAUGGUUGAAAAUGUGUUAAAAAGAUAAAUAGUUUUUCCAAAAAUUAGUCUCCAUAUAAUUAAUUAUAAAUUAAAAUAUUUUUCCAUAUAUUUAUUAACUGUAUGUAAUUUUAAUCUAAAUCAUCAAAUAGAGCAUUCAUUUUUUUUUUUAGCUUACAAAAUUUGUGGCUUAUAAUUCAAUCUUAUUUAUUUAAUUAAUUUUAAUUAAGAAGCUGCUUAAUUUUCUUGUGUUUAUUUAUGA